AUGUGGGGCUCGAAUGUCGGCCUCCGCCUUAGUCUCGCUCCCCCAGGGUGCAGGCCUGCAUGGCGCGUAGCGGCCUCUGGAACUACAUCUCGUGCCGCUCUCCGUCCCACUCUCUCCGCUUCCAGCUUGAUACCCACCCGCCUGGGCCUGCGGUUCAACUCGUCCUCCACCACUCCCUCGACCUCGACCACGACCACGACGUCUGCCUCCGAGCCCGUCCCUAUCCCCCCAGUCCCCAAGCUCAAGGAUGAGAAGCCAAAGUCGUUCUUCGCUAGCAUUGCUGCCCGGUUUAAUCCUUCGGCCUCUGAAGGUGAUGCCGAAGCAGGCAAAGGUGAAUCGUCUGUUGCAAAGCUUGCCGAACUGGCGAUCCCAGAGAAGAAGGCUCUCAGCAUUGCCGUCGGCCUCCUCCUCGUCUCCUCAUCGGUUUCCAUGCUAGUCCCACUGAGUAUUGGAAAGCUUAUUGACUUUUUCUCGGCCAACGCGGCCACAUUUAUGGGCCUCUCAUUUCCUGUCGCUGCUGCCGGCUUGGCUGCCGCGUUCCUUGUUGGAGGAGUAGCCAACGCCGGCCGUGUCUACCUGAUGCGUACGGCUGGACAGCGCAUCAUCGCCCGUAUCCGUGACCAGGCCUACCUCUCGACGCUGCGUCAAGAGCCCGAGUUUGCGGACAAGUCGGCAGGCGACAUUGUGUCGCGCCUCAACGCCGACGCCAACAUCCUCGGCGACUCGGUCACCAGCAACCUGUCGGACGGUCUUCGCGCCGUCAUCUCGGCGUCUGUCGGUGUGGCUGCAAUGUUCUGGAUCUCGUCCCAGCUCACCAUGUUCAUGCUCUGCGUCGUGCCGCCCAUUUCGAUCGGCGCUGUGGUGUACGGUCGCUACUUGCGUCGCUUGUCAAACCAGACACAGGAGAGCCUGGGUGAAAUGUCCAAGACCGCCGAGGAGAAGCUCAACGCUUUCAAGACUGUUACUGCAUACAAUGCGCAGGGUCUCGAGGGGAAGAUGUUCGAGUCCAAGGUGAAGGACGUUUACGAGUUGGCCAAGAAGGAGGCUCGCGCCAGUGCCAUCUUCUUUGGUUCCACCGGUCUUACGGGUAACCUUGCCAUGCUCGGUCUCCUGAGUUACGGCGGACACCUCGUGUCCACCGGUGCCAUCACAGUUGGUGACCUCACCUCGCUGCUCAUCUAUUCCGGCUACGUCGGUGGGUCCGUGUCGGGCCUCACCUCGUUCUUCAGUGGUAUCAUGAAGGGCGUGGGUGCAGGAGCACGUGUCUUCUACCUCUUGGAUCGCAAGUCGACCAUUCCCCUUGGUGUUGGCAAGCAGCUGUCGUCGACUCGAGAGGGUCCCAUCCGCUUCGAGAACGUGCGCUUCACAUACCCUUCCCGCAAGGAGGUCGAGGUGCUCAAGGGCAUUGACCUUGAGAUCAAGCCUGGCACCUCGGUCGCCCUUGUCGGCACCUCUGGCAGUGGCAAGUCGUCCAUCCUCACCCUCCUCGACCGCUUCUAUGACCCCACCCACGGCAAGAUCACCUUCGACGGCAGCGACAUUCGCUCGUUCACUCCCGAGUCGUGGCGUGACCGUAUCGGUGUCGUCUUCCAGGAUCCCAUCCUCUUUGCCGGCACUGUCCACGACAACAUUGCCUACGGAACGCCCAAUGCCACCCGUGCAGAUGUCGAGAACGCUGCCCGGGCCGCCAACUGCGAGUUUAUCUGGGACCUGCCCCAGGGCUUUGACACUGUCAUUGGCAAGUCGGCCCUCUCCGGUGGCCAGAGGCAACGCAUCUCCAUCGCCCGUGCGCUCGUGCGCAACCCGUCCAUCUUGUUACUCGACGAGGCCACCAGCGCGCUGGACAGUGCAAGCGAGAACGCCGUCAACAAGGCCAUUGACGACAUUAUCCACCAGCAGCACAUCACGGUCAUUCUUGCUGCCCACCGCCUCAGCUCCAUCGCCAGGGCGGAGCGGGUGGUCGUGCUGGAGAAUGGCGUCGUCUCGGAGCAAGGAACGUACGAUACCUUGUCCAAGGCCGAGGGAAGCAGGUUCCGCACCCUGAUGGCCGCGCAGCUCUUGCUUGAGCAGUCGUCGCCGUCGGUGACGGUGGUGGCGGAGAAGAAGGAGCAGCACGAAUAG